AAAAGGCGCCAAAAACAAACAUAAAACGCAUAAAAAUAAAAUUAUAAAUAAAAACAAAAAAAAAAACAAGGAAGUUCAGUAAAUAAAAAACAAACCAAAAACAAUGUAAGCAAAAGGUUCUGUUAACUGAAUGCCUCUCGCAGUUGUUGUGCAACAACAACAAUAACAACAACUAGAACAACUAUAACAAACAUCAUUGAACUGGUCCCAACGAAAAAGCGCGAGCAAAACGCGCGUGAAACGCGAACAAAACGCGAGUGAAACGCUACAUUUACGUGAAAAAAACGGACGCAAGGGUUGCCUAUAAAUGUACCAGGACAGCAGCUGCAGCAGCAGUAGUCGACGUGGCAGCGCAGCAACAGCAACAACAACAGCAGCAGCAGCAGCACUAGCAGCGGCAGCAACACCAACUCAAGCAACAACAACAGCAACAGCGAGCGAUGAGGAGACGUUCGAGGCGCUGACAAUAAUUACAACAACAACGAUCACAACGACAGCUGAUGCUAAAAUUGGAGCUGCCGAUGCGACAGCAACAACAACAACAACUACAGUAAUUACAGCAGCAUCAGGUGCAGCAGCAGCAGCAGCAGCAGCAACAGCAACAGCAACGACAACAAACGCUACAGCAGCAACAGCAACAACGAGUGCAACUAUUGAAAACGCCGCCAACAGCAGCAGCAACAAUAACAGCGACGACGACGACGACGUUUACACCGACGCAGACGCUUACAUUGACGUCGACGUUGACGUCGACGUUGACGUUGACGUCGAUAUUGAGUGCACGACAGCGCACGGUUCGCGUUUGCCAUCAUCGAACAGCAGCGGCAGCUGCGGAAAUGCAACAGCAGUGUUGCAACAGCAACAGCAGCAACUAUCGCAGCAGCAACAGCAACAACCACAAUCCCAAUCCCAGCAACAACAACAACAGCAUAAGCAAUUGCAACGGGCCGCCGCAUCAUUAAACGCCGAUGUUCGGUUGCUGCGUAAAAUUGGAUAUAUUGCAUCACGAGUGCGUUGCCUGGCAAAAUAUUACGGCGAUUUUCAUUUGGUUAAUCCGUACAGUGCACAGCGGCAACGCCGCCAGCUGCAGGAGAUAUUGUUAAAGCACUCCAUUUUUGAUCCAGGACGGGAAAGUGAACGGGCGCUGCUGUUGGCCGCGGCAGCGGUGGCCGUUGGUGCAGCCUCCGCAGCAGCAGCAAUCACAGCAGCAACAGCAGCGACAGCAGCAACAACACGCAGUCAAAGUUGCAGCAGUUGCUUUGAGGAGCACGAACAGCAGAUAUUCGAGGAGGAAGCAGCUGAGCCAAAAGAAGAAGAAGAGCAGGAGUUGGCCAUUGCCACGGUGACAGCAGCGACCACAACAACAACAACUACAGCCACAGCAACAGUGCGACGCAAAUCGUCGAGCAGCUCAGCAAGUGCAACAGCCACCGCAUCCGCAUCAACAUCCGCAUCCGCAUCGGCAAGCGCAUCCGCAUCCGCAUCGGCAUCCGCAUCGCUUUUAAACGCCGCCACGCCCAUUGCGCUGCUGGAGGAGUUGCUGAUACAGUUCUACGAGGAUCAGGAUCAGUGCAGCCAUAAGCUGACUGUCAUCAGACGACGACUCGCCUGCACCGAUAACCUUAACAACAACAAUAACAACAAUAGCAGUAACAACAACAAUAACAACAACAACAGCAACAACAGUCAGAGCAGCAGCAGCAACAACAACAGCGGCAGCAGCAGCAGCAGCAUCAUUAGCAACGGCCAUAGUCUGACCAUGUCCACAUCCAUGUCAAACAUGGUCGAAGCAGCAGCAGCAGCAACAACAGCCGCCGCCGCCGCCGCGGCAGCAGCAGCAGCAGCAGCUGCUGCAGCAACAGCAACAGCAACCGUUGCCGGUGAGACGGCCAGCGGAAGCAGCAACCUGGCGGCAACUGGACAGCAUCAGCAACGCCACACGUAUUUGCAGCCAUCAAUUGAUGCCGAUAAUCCACGUCGACGUCGUGCCAGCGAUUGUUCAGCGGUGCAGGCAGCUGCCGCAUUAUCAAAUCAACUGCAUUGCAUCACAUUAAAGAACAACAAUUGCACAUCAGCAACGGCAACAGCAACCGGUAAGCUGCCAUUUCAUCGCGGCAGCUGCGGUGCUGCCGGUGAGCAUCUAUUGGCCGCCAAUUCGAUUGCCAAUCGUGCCACCAUCAUUUUAAGUAAAUCAUGCAGCAAUGUCGAUGGCGAUGCCAGUCUGAUGACACCGAAUGUUGUCAGCACCAACAACAAAUUGAGGGCCAGUGCCACCGACAUUGAAAGCAAUUCGAAUGCAUUGAAUGGUGCCAGGGAUGCGAUGACAACCAUUGCAAAUGCGGCCGCUGCUGCUGCCUCCAAUAAUGGCAACAAUGAGUUUAGCAUUCUUCAGUUGAACAAUACGAUCAUCCAGUGUCAUUUUAAUGACGAUGAUUUUCGCGCCCUUGUCAAGGAUCUCAAGUGCAAGGUUGAGUACACGGAGCGCAUGAAUUGGCUAUGUCUCUCCAAUCGGCCAUUGGGCCCACCACAUCGCAAGAGCAGUCUACCAAAGCAUCAGGAGGUGAAGCGUCGCUUCCUCGAAAUUUGUGAUACCAACUUUUCGGAUGAGGUGAAGGCAGCAUUGCGUCUGCCAGCGUUCGAUUCAUAUGAAUGGGGCGAUGCGGAUGUCAUACACCUAAUGCAGACCAUGUUCCUCGAGCUGGGCUUCAUUGAGAAGUUCAGCAUACCCGUCGAUACGUUGCGCGAGUGGCUCUACGAGGUCUACAAGCACUACAAUGAGGUGCCAUUUCAUAACUUUCGGCAUUGCUUCUGUGUUGCCCAAAUGAUGUACGCUAUAACACGUCAAGCGAAUUUACUGAAUCGUCUGGGCGAUCUGGAAUGCCUCAUCCUGCUCGUGUCCUGCAUUUGCCACGACCUCGAUCAUCCAGGCUAUAACAAUAUCUAUCAGAUUAAUGCACGCACCGAAUUGGCGCUCAGAUAUAAUGACAUCUCACCGUUGGAGAAUCAUCAUUGUUCAAUUGCAUUUCGUCUGCUGGAGCAUCCAGAGUGCAAUAUAUUCAAGAACUUCAGCCGGGACACAUUCAACACCAUUCGGGAGGGCAUCAUCCGUUGCAUCCUGGCCACCGACAUGGCGCGCCAUAAUGAGAUCUUAACGCAGUUCAUUGAGAUAACGCCCAUCUUCGAUUACAACAAUCGUGCGCAUAUUAAUCUGCUCUGCAUGAUACUCAUCAAGGUGGCGGACAUAUCGAACGAGGCCAGGCCCAUGGACGUGGCUGAGCCCUGGCUGGAUCGUCUGUUGCAGGAGUUCUUUGCCCAGAGUGCUGCGGAGAAGUCCGAGGGGUUGCCAGUGACGCCAUUUAUGGAUCCGGAUAAGGUUAGCAAGCCCGGCUCACAGGUGCGAUUCAUUGGCCUCGUCCUAUUGCCACUUUUCGAGGCGCUGGGCGAACUGGUGCCCGAAUUGACCGAGCUCAUCAUCAUCCCCGUGCGCAUUGCCCUCGAGUACUACAGGCGCCUGAACGAUGCACAGACAAAGACGCGCAAAUCUGUUGCAGAUAGCAACACAUCUGCAACAUCGGCCACUUCGGACAGCAACAGCGGCAACAUGGACUCGAAUGCGGCCAUGGUCAGCACACCGGGCAACAGUAGCGACAAAUUGUUGAUGGACAAACAGGGCCAGUCACAGGGUGGAGGUACAACUGCUACUGGUGGCAACACUUCUGGAAAUGUCCAAGGCUCAGCUGCCACAACGGGCAGCAGCUCACCACAAAUGCCACGCUCCGGCUCCGGCAUAAGUUCGAAAUCGCGACGUAGCAUGCCAUCACAGAAAUCCGCAUCUCGCACAUCCGUGGAUGAGCCCGGUGGCAUGGCCGCCGAGUUGCACGAUCUGCCCGAGGGCAGCGAGAGCGGAGACUCUGAGACGGCCACCGAGGUGGAUGUGGCUGAGAAGACAUCCAAGUUCAAGGUGGACACGGAGGGUUGCAGCAAUCGCAGCAAAUCCUCGCACUCGACAUCCCGCAAAUCGUCACGGGAGAAGCGUCCCUCGAUGAUCGGGGAGCUGUGCAGCAGCGGUGGAGGUCAACGCAUGCGCAACUCGUAUGGCAACAUCCAUGGCUAUCACAGCAAUCGUUGUCACUUUGGCAGCAAUCGGGCCGUUAGCCUGGAUCAGUAUAGCACCAGUAAUCGUCGCUUAUCGGAUGGCUUGCCGCAGGUCAUCUCGGACAGCAAUGUUUUCUAUGGCCACAAUCGCCACCAUCGCAGUGGCAUCGAGUCCUCGAAUCAAGCGGCACACACUGGACGGGCCAACGAGGAUCUCAUGAACAUGAAUAUGAAUAUGAGCAGUCUGGCGCAAGCGCCACCUGUUGUCCAGCAGCCGCACAGUCAGUUGGCAACACGGCAGCACGGACAACAGUUGCAGUUGCAAUUGCAAUUGCAGCAGGCAACGGGCGAUGUCAAUGUCGAUGUCGAUGUCGAGAAGCUGUUGCCCGUUGUGGUUGCCAGUGUUGCAAGUGCAACUGCGGCGGCAACUGUUGCUGCUACGGCUGCUGCCGCCACAUCCAAUGGCAACAUAUCGCCCACAUUGCCACGGGCGAGCAAUGGCAGCGCACGCAGCAGCAGCGGUGGCACGAGCAGCAGUCGUAUUGCUGCCGCCGUGCAACAGCAACAGCAGCAGCAGCAGCAGCAGCCAAGUGGCAGCAGCAGCAGCUCAUGGAAAUCACGACUGCGUCAGUUCUCGGACUAUUUUAGCUUCAGCUUUGACAAGGGCAACAAACGCUUUGGCAGCACACGCAGCAGUCCCUGUGCCGCACGUGGCAACAACAACUCAACAGCCAAUGGUGCAGGAGCAGGUGGCGUUGUUGGCACAGCCGGUGGCGGCGAAGGUGGCGGUGGCGGUGGCGUUGGCGACACCAACGUGGACAGCAGCAAGUUGCAGCAGUCGCAGGGCACAUGUUGCACCAUUUCGAAUAGCAUGCCAUCGCCGGGACAUCAGCUCGUUGGCCAUCAGGCGGGCGUGCCCAGCAUGGGGGGCGUGGCCAGGCAUCGGGCGUACAGCUUGGAUGUGCCGUGCAGUCGUCAUGCUGCCACACGCUACUCAUCCGGCGACAGCAGCAGUCGCAAAUCAUCGCGUCACGACGACCACAACAACAGCAACAUGAGCAACAACAGCAACAUUAGCAACAGCAACACCAACAACAGCAACAACAGCAACAACACGUUGCACAGCAGCAGUGGCAUGGUCGGUGAACUAUCGACAAUUCGAAUACGCAUUGGCAAUGUUGCCACUGAAGGUAGCGUCAAUGUUGCAAGUGGUGCUGGUGGUGCUGAUGCUGCUGGCGGUGCAAUUGCAUUGAUGCCACCCAGUUUGAGCUGUGAGCUGGGCAUGGCCAGUGUCUCCUCAUCGGAGGCGGUGCCAAAGAUUUGACAACAGGGGAGCUCCGAUACGACGAACACCACCAACAAUUCGCUCUGCAAUCAGGCGGCAUUUCUAACGUUACGCGAUGAAUCUGAGGCCAUUAUCAAUGAUUGUGAUGAUGUCGAUAUGGAUAACGAUGUCGAUCGAGGCAGAUGCCCUACAGCAGCAGGAUAACUCCAGCUGUGAGGUAUCAUCCAUGUCGAUGACCGUGUGGUCUGCAAUUGGUCAGCGACUCAAUGCGCUCGUCUGUCAUUGCUGUGAGCGGAAGUUGCCCGAGCCGGAGAAUGUGUAAGGAGGUGGCGCAUAACAGGAUCCAUCUAUCAACCAAUCCACCAAUCAAUCAACCAACCAAUCAACCAACCAAUCAAACAGUCUAUCUAUCAAUCAAUCAUUGCCAUUGCUAUCGUUUAUUGUCUCUUAUCCAAUAUUCAAUACCCUGUAUCCAUGGCAAGUUAGGGUAUUACCACAUUUUCAAGUCAAAAAAACUAGAUA